AUGUCGAGGCAUCAGCAUUGUUUGCUCUGUGCUGUAAUUUGGGAAAUGUUCCAAUUACAGGGGGGAGACUCUGCUGAAAUUUCGUGGGUCCAGCAUCGAUUAGAUGUCAGACAGGAAGUAGGGCUUGUCACAGAUUCUGAAGGAGAAUCCGGGGCGGGUCCUAUUAAAGGGCUAAAGAGUUAA